CUGUCAGUAAAAGAAAUUACUUUUCUGUUUUAGCUGCUACAAAAAUGGCCACUCUGCUUCGUAAAUUGUCUUACAACAGUUUCAACCAAUGUCGGGCGUUGCAUAAGAUAGCAGUGGAUCACACAGUGCCCAUGACUUUCAACCAGUAUGAGCAUCAGCAUAGGUUCCGGGAAACCCAGUCUGAGGUCAUUGGAACCUUGAUGGCCAGCCCCAGGUUCAAGAACCAGCUGGGCGAUGUUGAAAUCUGGAUGAAUAAAUUGUUAGAGUAUGCUUUGGGCGGAGGAAAGAACGGCAGAGGUCUGGCGGUGUCGUUCGCGUACCGAAUGAUGGAGGAUCCGGAACACUUUACAGAGGACAAUCACCAUAAGGCGCGGAUCUUGGGCUGGGUUAUAGAAACAUUUCACUCCUACCUAUUCCUGAUAGACGAUAUAAUGGACGGCUCGAAGACCCGGCGCGGCCAGCAGUGUUGGCACCUCCGUGACAAUGUAGGCAUGGGCGCGCUGAACGACAGCGGACUCGUGUUCACCAGCGCGUACGAAAUAUUGGAACAAAACUUCGGAGACGAUGAUAUUUAUGGAGAACUUGUUAGGGUUUGCAAUGGGGCAAUGCUGAACACAUGCAUAGGCCAGCACUUAGACUACGCAUCAAACUAUUCGAGGGAGAAGGACAACCUGGACCUCUUCACAAUGGAACGGUUCAAUGUCAUAGCCUUGCAGAAGACUUCCACCUACUCCUUCAAAUUCCCUAUGAACUUGGCUAUGACUUUAGUCAAAGGAAAGAACCAAGGCCUACACCUUUCUGAAGAAGUCCACCAUAUAUGCUGGGAUAUGGGCAAGCUAUUGCAACUAAUCAACGACUACAAAGACAUAUACUUCGACGAGAUGCAAACAGGGAAGGCAGGUACGGACAUACAAGAAGGCAAGAUGACAUGGCUCGCGGUGGCAGCCCUAGAGCGAUGCACUCCAGCUCAAAGAAAACUCUUCGCAGAAAACUACGGCAUCGACAACCCUGAAAACGUCGACCGAAUCAAAGCCUUAUUUGCAGAGUUAGACAUUGAGAAUGUAUACAAAAAGCAUGUAACAUUUGUCUAUGAAGAUCUAAUGACGAGGAUGCGUGCUUUACCCACCAAAGGACAGACGAGGUUCUAUGCUGAGCUGUUACAAGCUUGCUGUAAAGAGCUGUACUGAUUCGUAAUCUCUAGAAGUCACGUGGUGACGGUAGACAAUACCUACUGUAAGAUCGGGUUACUUUGACCCUAGGGGGUGACUUUGAC